ACGUGAGGCCCAGGUGGCGGCGCAGCUACGGCAAGAGAGAGAGAAGGAAGGGGAAGCCGGAAGGGGCGCGAGUGAAGCAAAGCGAGGAAAGGCAGCUCCCGAGAGGGCGAAGGGUGCGCGUGCGGCCGCUUAUCGCCUCAGGUCUCCUCUCGGCCUGGCUGCCCUCCCUCGCGGCUGGGUGACAGCUGGGCCCGGUCCGUCGCGGGCUGCCUGGGGCUCAAGGAUCGCGCACCCUGUCUUCGCUCGUGGUGCCUGCCGCCCCGCCCCCUCGUCCCGCCCGUCCCGUCGCGUCGCGUCCCGUCCCCUCGGGUGCUGCCAGCCGGGUGCUGAUGCGAGUCGGUGGCAGCGAGGACAUUUUCUGACUCCCCGGCCCCUGACCCGGCUGCAUUUUCCAUCCCGUCGCGGGGCCGGCCGCUACUCCGGCCCCAGGAUGCAGAAUGUGAUUAAUACGGUGAAGGGAAAGGCACUGGAAGUGGCUGAGUACCUGACCCCGGUCCUCAAGGAAUCAAAGUUUAAGGAAACAGGUGUAAUUACCCCAGAAGAGUUUGUGGCAGCUGGAGAUCACUUAGUCCACCACUGUCCAACAUGGCAAUGGGCUACAGGGGAAGAAUUGAAAGUGAAGGCAUACCUACCAACAGGCAAACAAUUUCUGGUAACCAAAAAUGUGCCGUGCUAUAAGCGGUGCAAACAGAUGGAAUAUUCAGAUGAGUUGGAAGCUAUCAUUGAAGAAGAUGAUGGUGAUGGCGGAUGGGUAGAUACGUAUCACAACACAGGUAUUACAGGAAUAACCGAGGCAGUUAAAGAGAUCACACUGGAAAACAAGGACAAUAUAAGGCUUCAAGAUUGCUCAGCACUAUGUGAGGAGGAAGAAGAGGAAGAUGAAGGAGAAGCUGCAGAUAUGGAAGAAUAUGAAGAGAGUGGAUUGUUGGAAACAGAUGAGGCUACCCUAGAUACAAGCAAAAUAGUAGAAGCUUGUAAAGCCAAAACUGAUGCUGGCGGUGAAGAUGCUAUUUUGCAAACCAGAACUUACGACCUUUACAUCACUUAUGAUAAAUAUUACCAGACUCCACGAUUAUGGUUGUUUGGCUAUGAUGAGCAACGGCAGCCUUUAACAGUUGAGCACAUGUAUGAAGACAUCAGUCAAGAUCAUGUGAAGAAAACAGUGACCAUUGAAAAUCACCCUCAUCUGCCACCACCUCCUAUGUGUUCAGUUCACCCAUGCAGGCAUGCUGAGGUGAUGAAGAAAAUCAUUGAGACUGUUGCAGAAGGAGGGGGAGAACUUGGAGUUCAUAUGUAUCUUCUUAUUUUCUUGAAAUUUGUACAAGCUGUCAUUCCAACAAUAGAAUAUGACUACACAAGACAUUUCACAAUGUAGUGAAGAGAGCAUAAAAUCUAUCCUAAUUAUUGGUUCUGAUUUUUAAAGAAUUAACCCAUAGAUGUGACCAUUGACCAUAUUCAUCAAUAUAUACAGUUUCUCUAAUAAAGGGACUUAUAUGUUUAUGCAUUAAAUAAAAAUAUGUUCCACUACCAGCCUUAUUUGUUUAAUAAAAAUCAGUGUAAAGAGA